AUGCAUAGGGCGCUCCUCUUACCCGAGGUUGUGGCAGCGAUCAUAAGGUCUGGUAAGACAGAAGCUGGCUUGCUUCACAACUGCUUGCUUGUCAACAGAACCUUCUCGUUCGAGGCCUGCAGAAUCCUCUGGAAAGGGUGUUAUGGCAUCUUCGGAGUCGGACACGUAACCCCCACCAUCAGCAUUCUUGCCAAUAUGGUUUUGCGCGAAGGCAUUGGUCGCAGCCGUGCGCAAUACUAUGCCAACUUCAUCCGCGUACUCGUGUUCCAGGAGGAUCACAAGGCUGAUGAUGCAACAUGGCAUCCUCAACUUCGCAAGCUGCAAUUCCCUUUGUUGGAAGACUUGAAUAUAUGGAAAACAAGAGCAGCUGAAGAAUUCAACACAGAGGAGAACAUUCUUCACUACGUACACCCAGGUCUUCGGGACCUUCGUGUGGACGCGAGUGGUCCACUGUCCGACUUUUUUCUCAAAGAAAUUUCUCGUCUGUGCCCACAUCUUCAACAACUUGAUAUCGAUUUUAAGAACGUCACAAUCACUAAGAAGGGUCUCGCUAGCUUCCUGCGGAAGAUGUCAUCUUUGGAAGGUCUUCACGUAGCUGCUCUGGAUGGAAGCUGGUCAGCAGAAGCACUUGCCGCCGUGUCUGUGUAUGAUCGACUGCAGCUGCUCCAUGUUCCGUCGACCCCAGAACCCUGGUUUAAUACUGUCGACACGGUGUCUAGCUCGCCUUACUUCCCAGCAUUGAAGUACUUCUAUUGCUUGGAUACGACUGGAAAAGCUUUAGUUCGGUUGCACAGUCUCAAUCCCCGGCUAGAGGCCCUCCAUAUAUAUAACGGAAACCUUCAGGGAUCGGAUGAUGUUUUGUCCGCAUGUGCACAGUUUUCACAGCUCGUGAAAUUUCGUUAUCAGCCAGAGAAGGAUGCGCAAAUCACCGGACAUACGCUUUUGAAACUGGCGCAGUGCUGCCCAUUGCUCACCUCGUUAUCCAUCGGCCAAGACCAAGCUGUGCCUCCAAUUGCAACAGACAUAACUGACUCUAUCGUAUCCCUGAUAGCCGAAAACCUACUAAAUUUGAAGGAGCUAUAUCUCAUCUUCGAAACAACGCUUCCACCAGGCAUUGCCACGACCUUGUCGUCUCUGAGCAAAAAUUGCAACAAGCUGGAACGACUCGAGAUCUCCUGCGGGUCAGAUUGGCAAUCAAUAACCCUUCUCCCCAAGAAAGCCUUGUUCCCAAACCUAUGGACAAUUACCCUUCGGCCUCAUCUCCACAUGGAGAACUUUCUGACUAAAGCGGAUUUUGAUCAACUCUUUGGCUACUUUCAGACACACGCAGCGGAGUGGUUCCCGAAAGUCGAAUACUUCACCAUUGACGAGGCCGACAGUUGGGAGCAAGAACUCAACGACCACAUGUACGCUGUCGGCUACAAACGAGAAUAUGGAAGUGAAGUCGCGAGCAAUGACGGAAACGAUGAAAGGAACCGUGAUGUGGACUACGACCGUGAUGCUUUCGAAGAGAAGGAAAUGAAAGACUUGAAGGGGUAG